UCUAACCCGGAAGUUAAACGCUUCGUGGGUGCUGCUCUCCGAAGCGAAUGAGUGGGAGGGCCUUUGCGUAGAGCGCGGGGCUGGCUGGGGGUCCUGCGGGCGGCGGGCCUGAAAGAGCCGGUCGGUGAAAUGGACGGCCGGUGACGAGUCCUCCUCAGCCCGCCGCCACCCGCGGCCUCUCUCCCGCUGGGCCAUGGCGCCGAUGGGGAUCCGCCUGUCCCCGCUGGGGGUGGCCGUGUUCUGCUUGCUGGGGCUCGGCGUGCUCUACCACCUCUACUCGGGCUUCCUCGCCGGCCGCUUCGCCUUCUUCAUGCUGGGCGGGCCGGCAAUCGAGUCGGGCAGCGUGGAUCUGCGGGACCUACUGGCGGCCUCGGUCGUGGCGGCCGUCAAGGGGGGCGAGGAAGUGAAGCUGGUGCGCGAAGGCAACAACCUGAACGAGAAGGCUAAGGGCAAGACCCGCGAGGGGGUCGACGAGAUGCUGACCUUCGGCGACCUCCGUUCCAACCGCAAGAUGUAUUUCUUGCUCAAGACCGCUUUCCCGGGCGUGCAGAUAAACACAGAAGAACAUGUAGAUGCAGAUGAUCAGGAGAAAAUUUUUUGGGAUCACAGUUUACCUGAGGACAUAAAGAGAAAAAUUCAGCCUACUCUCGUCCAAGCAGACAGUGUUACUUUAUGGAUUGAUCCUCUGGAUGCAACUCAAGAAUAUACAGAGAAUCUUCUGCAGUAUGUUACUACAAUGGUGUGCGUAGCUGUAAAUGGUAAACCAGUUAUAGGAGUAAUACACAAGCCAUUCUUUGCAUAUACAGCCUGGGCAAUGGUAGAUGGUGGAUCAAAUGUUAAACCACGUUCUUCCUACAAUGAGCAAACUCCAACAAUCAUUGUAUCCCGGUCUCAUGCAGGGACUGUCAAGCAAGUUGCUUGGCAAACAUUUGGAAAUAAAUCUGUGAUCAUUUCAGCGGGUGGAGCAGGCUAUAAAGUCCUGUCUCUCCUAGAUGUGCCUGAGGUGAACCAGCAAAAAGCUGAUGCGUAUAUUCAUGUAACUUACAUCAAAAAAUGGGACAUAUGUGCUGGCAAUGCAAUGCUGAAAGCAUUAGGAGGUCGAAUGACUACCUUGGCCGGGGAAGAAAUCAGUUACACUGGUUCAGAGGACGUUGAAGAUGGACUCAUAGCAAGUAUCAAUAUAAACCACCAGAGACUGGUGGAAAAACUUCCCGUUCUAGACAAGACUUCACAGAAUUAAAUUCUGGAGAGUAAACAAAUCAUGCUUCUGGAGCCUCAAAAUGGUUAGUUAUCAGGGGGAAAUGUAAAAUUUAUCUUUAAAAGAUGAUACACUCACGGAAAGGUGCUUUGUGAGAACUAAAAAGACUAUGAUUUGGCAGUGUUUAAGAUUAUUGGACCACAAGAUUUCCUCAUGCCUCAGUGUCCACCUAUAAUUUCUGAGACUGUCAUCAUGACCUUGGAAAUCAAUGCUUGUAAUAAACUAAGCACAUUACAAAUUUACUCGGGUGAUCCCUCAUGUUUUGUCAGAGUAUUCUUUGUACAGAAACAUGGUUUCAGUCACUUGAAAUCCUUGGACAGUGCAUAAUACUCAGAUAUUUUGUUUCUUCGGAUACAAAUUGCAAGAAGGCUGAAGCAACUUCAUGUGACAACUGUUCAUUUUGGGUCCAGUUUUAAAUGAUAAAGGGAAUGUUUGGUUCAGUUUUAAAAUUUACCUAAAAUUCAGUCCAGCUUAAUGUGGAUGAGAACUGUUAACAUUAGUAUGAUUUUAUUACAGCAUUUUCUGUGUAUUAUUUUAAAGGAAAAUGUGUCCCCCUGAAUACUUUCAAUUCUUGAAUGUUGCUAUUCUGUUCAGUAUAAUAUGUUAAGUUUUUCAGUGUUGAGCUUACAAAAUUAUCAUCUGUCUUUAGUGAUUAUUCACUUACUAAGCUUGAUUUUUGUUGUCAGCAUAAAAUGAAGGUUAAACAUUACAUGAAAUUAAGAAAUCUGAAGUGUCUUGCUGGCUGUUGUUUUGUAGAAAUUCUGUUUAAAUUAUGCAUUCCAUUAGAGUUCUUGGUUAAAAAGUUCUACUAUAACAGUUGUAGAAAGUAUCAAGAACUUGUAAAACAUGUUUAACCCCAUUCUUCUACCUUAAAUUAAUCUGUGAUGACCAAUGCACAACUUUUGCUCAUUGAGUGUGGUAAAUGAAAAGGAUAGUUAAAAGUAUAUGUGAGCAGCAAAAGUACAUUUGCAAGCUUUAAUUAAUUGAUUAAUCAAAAUUUUGCAUAUUAAAUCAGUCCCUCCUUAGUCAUUGGGGUUGACAAGCAGAAACUGAACAUGGAUCACAGGAACAUAUAGGCCAUACAUCUCUUAAGCUUAAUCUUUUCAUCUGGUAAAUGCCAAAUAACAAUAAUGUGUUUCAACUCUAGUUGAAUGGCAACAUAGAAAAACAAGCCAGUUUAUGUAAACUGAUACAUUCUAUUUUAUAUAAAUUUACUAUUUUUUAUUGUGGCUUCUGGGAGAACACUAAUUUGGGAAGUUUAACUUUUAAACCCAGGCAACUAGUUGGCUAAAAAAUCAUUGAUUGGUUACACUACUUCAAAAAAUCUUCUAAAGUAAACACUAGAAGGUCUUUCAGACUGGCAGAUUCUUUGAACUGGAAGCUUCCAAAAUGGAAUUUUAUUGAAUUGCUACUUUCUUUUGUUAAUUCUAUGAAUGUGGUGUAAAAAUGGCACCUAUUUUCCUUUUUUAAGCUAUUAAUAGAACAGUUUAGUUUUAUGGAGCAAUACAUAUUUACAGUGGACUGUUUGAAAUUUAAAUACUUCACCAGUGAAAUAAAUUGUUGUUAGUAUAGACACUUGCUAAUAACUACACUAAAGGUGAUGGAUUAAUGUUCUCAGCUUGGGUCUUGAUAGCAAGCAGUUUGUGGAUUUUGAUUUUACAUUUGUGUGUUUAGUUUCCCCUUACAUAUGCCAUUCUUGAAGCCUGCAUUGUGAGUAAUAUUGUGCUUCAGAAACUGAAAUCUGGAUUAGCAAUGUAUUGCUAUAUAAUGUGACACUGGGAGAAAUCUUUAACUGAAUUUUGUUUAGCUGCAACAGAACAGAGAGAGCUGUCCAUUGUUGAAGGAGCUAGUGGAGGAAUGCUCUGCCACUUGUGGGAUGGAUGUAUAGGACCCCACUUGCUGGUACUCUAUUGCCUCCCUUUCAGAAUCUACACUUUAAUUUCAGUGCAGCUAUUCUGUUGCACUUUUAAAAUAGAAUAUACAUUGAGUUCAGUUGACCUCUGUGCCCCCACCCUCACAUAUCUCUGUAAUUUCUGCAUGCUUCAGAAGCAGCCUUCUCCACCUGCUUGAGUAGUCUGGCUAGUGUGAGGACCUGUAGAAGAGCAGUGGGCCAUGGACAGAGCUCCACUUUUAAUUUUCAAGGAAAAUCUGAAGUGCUAUAUUACUUUUCAUAGUUCAAACACUCAUACCUUUAUUGCUUCUGGCAAACAGACUUGGCAGAUUUUGUAUCGGGGUAACCUACAAGACCUGCUUCAUGUAGAUCACUGAGACAAAAGUAAUGCAUGUAAAUUCCUUGGGAAGAGAAGACUUUCUCAAUCAAUUUUCACCUCUCAAACUAUUGUUUGACCAUUAGAAGAUUUCUCUAUUUCUUUUGAGAGGAACUUGAAAGCAGGCAUGACUGCACUUUAUCUUCCAUGCAUAUAGUAAGAGUUGUGUGUAUUUGCUCCAUUUGCUGUGCUAAUAUACUAGAGGCUGAGCAUACGUGGCUUUCAGUUAUCAGACCUACCAAAUUCAUGUUAAAUCUCUUCUCUUUCUCCUCUUGCCCCAUUCUCUACUUAAACAGAGUCUCAAGUGGUCGAAAAUAGCAGAACUGCAGUAGUGAUUAAUUAUGUGACCUUUCCACCAAUUUAUGUGAUAAGUGCUCUGUUUGAAUGGUUACAGUUCUAAAUGUUCUAUCUAAUACUGAAAAGUGUGCUCUGUAGAGCUUCCAUAUGUCUCUCUGAGAUUAGUCUAAGCUAACUCAUGGUGCUUUGGUAUAUAUGAUGGUAUUCUAAUCUUGUUAUAUGCCUUGCCCAGAUCUAUAAAAGAAGCAAACUCUUCAUAUUAUUUUCUAGGACAUAAUUGGAAAGGCUACUAAAUUGUGCUAGUGUGCUUGAAUAAAGUUCAUGGUCUAUGUUUUCAGACAUGAAGCUGGAUCCAGACGUCCACUGCAUAUGCCCAUUCAUUCAAAGAACAGGUGAAAGGCUAUUUCUGCCAGUUCUUUCCCAUUGCAGUCCCGUGUAUUGCGUCCCACAUCAUUCCUGAGUGUCUUGAACCUUAGCAUCUUAGUUGAGGGCUGUUCAUAAGAAGGGGAAGGUAGCAAAGGUCCAUUCUAUUCAUUGCUUUUUAGAUUUAUCCUGCUACAUUGAAGGAGGAAAGCAGGUUCACAAGUGAAUUGCAUGUCCUCAUUCUUGCUCAUUGCUGAUGAGAAGUGUGCACUGACAAAGUGCAUCUUAAUUACUGAAAUGAAACUUUUUCAUUCUAAUGUGAGCCAGUGUGACACCAGUUUUCCCCAGUUCAGCAUAACAGGCCUGAAAUACUAUCUAUUAAAACUUUACUAGUCAUUUGUGCCACAGUUAGCAAAAAGGGAAUGAGUAUUAAUGUAUAAUUCAAUUUUUUCACUACUACUAAGCAUUUUCCCGUAGUGGUCAGAGAGAAUAAAUUGACUCUGUUUUAACUGGUAUUAGGGUACAUUUUGAAAUAAGAGACUACUAUCAUCAAAUUCUAAUUUUCAUGAAUGCUGAACAAACUGAAUAAAUAGAAAUAAAAUAAAUACCUUUUAUUAAAUGUGGGAAACUUUAUUUUUAAUUUUUAUUAUGUAAAAAGCAUUGACAGGUGUACAUAAAAUUUGUUGUAAUCUCUAAUGGUUAAAUUAAAAUAUCUGAUGUGGA